UGAACAUUUGCAUUUCCAUAGAUCCGUAUUGUUUCUUAAAUUAUUGCACAGAGAUUUGAGAAAAGAGUCUAAGCUGCCAUUUACAAUGUUAAAAAAAAGGCCGUGUGCUUUUGUGCGAACGUAACACGCAUGCCUGUUCGAAGGGGCGUCUGUCACAUUACCCGACAGCACCGAGAGAUGACCAUAACCACCGCGCGCUCAGUGAAUCCAAACGUGAGACCAACGGACAGUGUGAGCUCUUUCGUGCGUCGUGUCAAAUGAGUGAGUUCUCUCGAGUUAGCUGUUUAAUUAUAUAAUGGGGCUUUGCGGAGGAGGGGCCAUGAGACAGUCGCCUUCGCAGAGAACUCGAGGUCCCGCCAUCUUAGCGAACGCGGACGGCGCGUUCCCACCGGCUGUGCAAGUUGUCUCACACAACUACAACAAUUCAGCACCCAGGAAAAGGGGAUUGGCGGAAUGGAUGUGGACGUUAACAGGACACAAUCGGCAGCCGGGAGUGAAGAGGGCUGACACCGUUGGUGAACUGCAGAUAAUGUUGCCUAUGCAAAUGUCGGAGAACUCAGGUGACGUCUGUCUGCUGGCCGAGAGCCCCUACAGGAUACUAAGGGUCGCCAUUGUAGCACCUUGGGACCCCAACGUCCAUCGGUUCGCCGAAGUAUGUACCCCUCCCAUUACCACUUUAGCUUUGCUACGCAGAUUUUGGACAAAUGUCAAAUAUCUACUGCCAGGGACUUCAACAGACAUUGCAACAUUUAAACAUGUAAUGGCGUAA